AGAAAUGUCACUCAAAAGUCCCGACUGAUGAAACACGGACUACCCCGCCAUUUCCUUUUGCACUGCUCUCUCUCUGUCUGCAAAUGGCCGGAAAACAUUACUACUCCUCUUCUGGAAACUUCCGGUCCAGACCUCCACUCGUCAUCUUUGUUUUCUGUCUCGUACUUGUCUCUCUCCUCUUUUGCAUUUUCUCGUUUUUCUCUUCUCCUUCUCAUUCCCUCCCAAUCCAAACCUCCCAAAACCCUAACAUCAAGGUCGACUAUUCCUUUGUCGCCUCCCUGGAGAAGUUCCUCAGUUCCACCUCCAAUUUCAAAACUUGGGAUGAUGAUACUGUGGCUUCUGCCACUGAGGAAGCUGUGAAGAAGUUGGAUGAUUUGAUAUGGAAGACCGAGACUCAAAGGCUCUAUGGAGAUUCAUUCUUUCCUGCAUUGUCGCUCUCAGAUUCAUCAUCGCCUCUUCGAGUUUACGUUUACGAAAUGCCCCCUAAAUUCACAUACGAUCUGCUUUGGUUGUUUCAUAAUUCAUACAAACAGACCUCCAAUCUCACCUCUAAUGGUAGCCCCGUGCACCGUUUGAUUGAACAGCAUUCUAUUGAUUAUUGGUUAUGGGCGGACUUGAUUGCACCAGAAUCUCAAAGGCUUUUGAAAAAUGUCGUAAAAGUUCAUCGGCAGGAAGAGGCAGACCUGUUCUACAUUCCAUUUUUCACGACCAUCAGCUUCUUCUUGUUGGAGAAACAACAAUGCAAGGCACUUUAUAGGGAAGCUUUGAAGUGGGUGACAGAUCAGCCUGCAUGGAAGAGGUCUGAAGGAAGAGACCAUAUACUUCCAGUUCACCAUCCCUGGUCUUUCAAGUCUGUUCGCAGAUAUAUGAAGAAUGCAAUUUGGCUGCUACCAGAUAUGGACUCCACAGGGAACUGGUACAAGCCUGGGCAAGUUUCACUUGAGAAAGACCUGAUACUUCCAUAUGUCCCCAAUGUUGAUUUGUGUGACCUGAAAUGCGUAUUGGAAAGUGAAACAAAGAGAAGCACACUGCUAUUUUUCCGAGGGAGGCUUAAAAGAAAUGCUGGAGGAAAAAUACGUGCUAAACUUGUGGCUGAACUAAGUGGUGUUGAGGGUGUAGUAAUAGAGGAGGGGACAUCUGGGGAAGCAGGGAAACGAGCAGCUCAGAAUGGCAUGCGCAAGUCCAUCUUUUGCCUAAAUCCAGCUGGUGACACUCCCUCAUCUGCUAGAUUGUUUGAUGCUAUUGUUAGUGGUUGCAUCCCUAUUAUAAUUAGUGAUGAGCUAGAGCUUCCUUUUGAAGGAAUACUUGAUUAUCGGAAGAUAGCUCUGUUUGUUUCCUCCAGUGAUGCUGUGCAGCCGGGUUGGCUUUUAACAUUCCUCAAAAGUAUUAGUCAUGCACAAAUCAGAGAAAUGCGAAUGCAUCUAGUUAAGUACUCGAGGCAUUUCUUAUACUCCCAUCCAGCUCAACCUUUGGGUCCGGAAGAUUUAGUUUGGCGAAUGAUAGCUGGUAAGUUGGUGAACAUCAAGCUACACACUCGGAGAUCACAGCGUGUGGUGAAAGAAUCAAGAAGCCUGUGCACUUGUGAUUGCAGGCGUGCCAACUUCACGAGCCCAACAGGUUCCUUGCCUUGAUUGAGGAAGAACCGUUUUUUAUUAGUGUUUGCUUAUGUUUGCUCAUCUAAAUCACGUGCUGUAAUGACAGAACAAGAAUUAAAUUGAUUUCUUUUGUAGUGUAAUUUAUGUAGAUUGCUUGCUUUUUUUUUUAAGGAAAAAAAAAACUUGGGCUACGUAUUUUGUAUAAAAUGCUGCUAAUGUCUGCAAUUGAAAUUAGCAUCUUUCGCUGUGAUGCUUUAACUGGC